CUAGGUACCUAGGAUUGAUCCAAAAAAAAAAAAAAUCUAUAAAAUUCCAAUUCAAUUCUUCAGCUAUUCUAAUUUGUCCCCUCAUCAAAAACUAUACGGUGGUGAAAAGAGAGGAAGUAGUUCAAACAUGACGUUGAGAACCUUGGAAGUUUCCAAGGUUCAAAAGGCUGGGACCCACAGCUACUUGGUACGAUACAUACAUCCAAGGCGACGCGCGAUAACCAAGUGCCCCGCAAGGUAAUCAGUACCUAUUGUGUAUCUAAUUGUACAAGGUAUUGUAGGUACAAUACAAGAUAACGCAACGCGACUUUACACGCGACCCAAUUAACCCGGGUAGGUAGCGUGGAGGUUAAAGUUUAACGAUCUUACCUUAGGUUAGGUGUACCUAACCUACCUCUACUUUAGGUAUAUUUUGUAUUUCAUACCUUUUACAUUACAUUGUAUAUACUUAUCGUACUCCAAUAUCGAGUACAAUUUCCCAAACUCGUAUAUUAAUGGUCACCACAAUGCUUUCCUUCUGCCGAAUUGCCCGAUAAUGGAUUCUUCUUCCCCGGCACCAGACAGGCCAUUCGAUUCCUCUAAGCCUUUUACCGGGCUCGUUCUUUGCUGCACCAGCAUCGAGGCAGAUCUACGUUCAGAAAUUGCCAAGCGAACUGUUGAGCUAGGAGGAAUUCAUAAGUACGACCUUACGCCAAACGUAACUCAUCUGAUCGUAGGCGAUUACGAUACAGCAAAAUACCGCCAUGUCGCGAGAGAGCGACCCGAUAUCAAGCCCAUGGCCGCCGGCUGGGUCGAUGCUGUACGGGAUUUAUGGACGGAAGACAAGGACUUCGACUUUACUGCACUGGAGGAGGAGUGGAAGUUGAAAACUUUCGAAACAGGCGGGGGUAUACCCAAGAGCGCGAUCCCAGAGCAAAGAGAGAGAACAAGACUUAUAUGCUGCUUAACUGGUUUCGAGGACAAUGAUACGCGCAUUCUCAUAGAAAAGACGGUUAGGAAGAAUGGUGGCGACUAUAUAGGAGAUCUUUCUCGGCGCGUUACGCACCUUAUCGUCUGUAAACCUGAAGGGAAGAAGUACGUCGCUGCUCGGAAGUGGGGGAUAAGAACCGUCUCUAUCGAGUGGCUAAACGACAGCGUCGAGCGAGGCAUGAUACUUAACGAGGAGUGCUACGACCCGACACUACCAGCGCAUGAACGGGGGAAAGGGGCCUGGAUCAGGCGGGAGCUUGAGCGUGGUGCCUCCUUGGGUAAGAGGAUGCAUGACGACGCGACGGCUCCCCCAGCAGACGAGGGUAGGAGGAAGCUGAGGAAGACUGCGAGUAUGAAACUCAUAAGCCAAAGAGAUAAUCUUUGGGGUGACAUCCUCGUUGGUCAAUCAUCGACAGACCUAUCUAAGUCAGUUACAGCCAUCCCGAAUGAGCGUCCUGCCAGCGUGCCACCUAUUCUUGCAGCGGACCUGGCAGCUUCUACGGCUGAAGACCGACUACUUGUCAAUGUUAUCCAACCUCUCGACGGUGGUGUAUUCUCUUCGUGUCGCUUCUACAUUCACGGUUUCUCUAUGAAUAAGCAGCAAAUUGUACGCCACCAUAUCUUAUCUCAUGAUGGGCAGGUUUCUGAAUCCAUCGAGGACGCUGCCUCGUCUCACCAUAGCGAACCACCAGAUCGGCGUUAUGUUAUGGUGCCCCAGAACUCGCAACCAGAAACUCACCCGCAAGUCCCAGAAGGGAUGCACAUCGUUACCGAAUUCUAUAUCGAACGAUGUGUCCAUAACAAGAUGCUUUUCAACCCGCGCGAACAAGUGCUAGGACAGCCGUUCCCGAGAUUUCCUAUUCGAGGUUUCGGUGAUUUGACGAUAUGUACUUCUGGGUUUAGAAACGAGCAGCUAAAUCAAGUGGAAAAAGCCAUCACCCAACUUGGCGCCAAAUACUCAGAGCGACUAAACGCUCAGUGUUCGAUAUUAGUUUGCCCUUCUCUUGAUGGCGUGAGAAAACAGAAGCUCGAUUUUGCCGUGUUUUCCCGAAUUCCCGUGGUCGAUGCCGACUGGCUUUGGCAAUGUAUUACUACGGGUUGUCUGGUACCAUGGGAGAAAUUCCUGUUUCCAGCACUUGCUCAGAAGGCGCCUAUGAAACGCGAUACAUCCGCAGGUGUAGCAAAGGGCAACAUACCUGGCUCAAAAUCAAACAUUAGGUCUAGGAGCGAAUCUGAGUCAAAUAAUCCGACAUCAGCUAUAAGACAUAACAUCGACGGCGAUAUCCCAACGCCACGGGAGGCAAUAGAUGAGGAGCAGCAAACUGAUGAGCCCGAGUUCGAGACAGCGCCUACCAAUCAAACAAAGCAUGUAGAUUCUGAAUCUAAACACGUCACGGCACCGCUCUCGGAGACAACCUCAAAUGGGCUUAACAAGUCACCAUCACCACAAAAGACGCCACCGCAGCCCCGUAAAUUAAAACGCUUCCCAACUGGAGGCGAAGUAGGCGACUCUGAGAGCGGAGACGACUCGGAUCCUUCCGCUACUCGCUCACGAGAUGCAGCAAAAGUUGAGGAGGAAGAAAGGAAGCGGCAGGCUGAACGAGAAAAAGCAGCAGAGCGCGAGGAAAUGUCCAAGCGAUUAAAUUCCCUUAUGGCUCGGGAUGGAGCGGCCCAAGACUGCGACGGUAUAAAACCGCAACCAGCAUCGCGACAACAGCGGCGGAGGCGGGAAAUACUUGGUCGUGCGGCAAGCAACGUGUCGACAGCGUCAAGCGCGAGUGCGGAGUCGUUAACAAAUACGAGUAAUUCUAAAUCUAAUUUCAGAAGAACCGAGUCUUCAGCAUCCCGCCUAGAUUCGAUGCAAGGCACAUCUACUACUUUCAGCUUUCUAGACAAGAUGAUUAUGCAGCAGAGCGGGAACAGCGACCAGGGGACAGAGGAUGGCGAUAGCCAGCCUCGUGGCACCCAGCUAGAGUAUGACAACCCCGAAGCUCGACAGCAUCGAGCAGCCGUCGUGGGUCGGAUGAUGGCAGAUAGCAAGCAGAGCGAUGUUAGUAGCAAGGGGCAGAGCCAGGGACAAGAUGUUCAAAUUCCCAUAAACUUGGAUGACAACACGCCAAAGGCUUCAGGGAGAAGGACUACUAGGCGCCGGUGAUUUCGUUCAUACGCGGGAUUGCAUAGAGACGGCAAGGAAGAAAUCGAAUCGAAGAUAUCCACAGUUAUAAAGUCCUCAACAAGGUGUUACUAUUAUCACAUGAAGGUUGGAUAU